AAAAUUAAGGGAAACAUGAGCUAUGGAGCUGAAAUAAAUGGUCAGGACUCCAACAAGAACAACGGGUGUAAGAUGACAGCGCUACAGAAACUGGAGAAUCUUGCAGGGCGGAUCUUUUACUGGGGGCCAUGGAGUGAUACAGGAGCACCAAGCUGUGGAGAGGCUGUCUUUGAAUCAAAGCAUACUGCUGCCUGGAAUAAGCAAAUGAAGGAGUUUCUUGCCAAAGCCAAAGAAGAAUUCCUUAAGAAAUGGGAGAACCCAUCACAGAACACAUCCAGUCUGGAUCAUUUCGAUCGGCUCAAGACCCUGGGUACAGGCUCUUUCGGGCGGGUGAUGCUUGUGAAGCACAAGGACUCUGGAAAUUAUUUUGCCAUGAAAAUCCUUGAUAAGCAGAAAGUUGUUAAGCUGAAGCAGAUUGAGCACACCCUCAAUGAAAAACGCAUACUCCAGGCUGUGAACUUCCCAUUCCUUGUCAGGCUAGAGUAUUCUUUCAAGGAUAAUACAAAUCUGUACAUGGUGAUGGAAUACAUCCCAGGUGGCGAGAUGUUCUCCCACCUACGACGGAUUGGCAGGUUCAGUGAACCUCAUGCCCGGUUCUAUGCCGCUCAGAUUGUGUUGACUUUUGAGUACCUGCACUCACUAGAUCUUAUCUACCGAGACUUGAAGCCCGAAAAUCUCCUAAUCGACCAGCAGGGCUAUAUUGAGGUCACAGAUUUUGGCUUUGCCAAACGAGUGAAAGGCCGAACAUGGACCCUUUGCGGGACCCCAGAAUAUUUGGCUCCUGAAAUCAUUUUGAGUAAGGGUUAUAACAAAGCAGUGGACUGGUGGGCCCUCGGUGUCCUCAUCUAUGAGAUGGCAGCUGGCUAUCCUCCAUUCUUUGCAGACCAGCCCAUUCAGAUCUAUGAGAAAAUUGUCUCUGGGAAGGUCCGCUUCCCAUCUCACUUCAGCUCAGACCUGAAGGACCUGCUGCGUAACUUGCUACAGGUAGACCUCACCAAACGUUUUGGCAACCUCAAAAAUGGAGUCAACGACAUCAAGAACCACAAGUGGUUUGCAACCACGGAUUGGAUUGCCAUCUACCAACGGAAGGUGGAAGCUCCCUUUAUACCAAAGUGCAAAGGACCCGGCGACACAAGUAACUUUGAUGACUAUGAGGAAGAGGAGAUCCGGGUGUCCAUCACUGAAAAAUGCGCCAAGGAGUUUGCAGAAUUUUAGGGCCAGCCCCCUUUGCUUUGUGUGCCCAGGAAGAGAAAGGGCUGGAUUUGAUCAGCCCCAAGGGCCAGAGUUCCUUGCCUAUUUGUUAAUUUUGGGAGGUGGGGGAGUGUUGGGGUUCACCUGGAUCUGUUUGGGCAGAAAAGAGAAAAGGGGAAUUCGUCUGAAGCUGUGGAAAAGACCGUAGUCUGAAUGUCAUCCACCCACCAUCCACUGCGAGCUCCAAGGUGGCUCCCGGCCACUCUCAGGCAGUUUUUAAAACAAAUUCCCUUCCUGCUCACAUUGACUCCAAUCCAUACACAAACCCUAAUUGGACAGUCCCUGGUUUUUUGGUGGCUUUUUAUUUUUAAGGGAAAGGGAAUACUUUGUAAUUCAUCACCAUCUAUAAUGAUUUGGCUCAUGGGGCAUUGCAAAAAAAAAAGGAAGGGAAUUGGGGGGAAGGCAGAAAGCAAACACCUCCACACAGCACUUUGGUGUUUAGACCAGCAUUAAAUGGGUUACGACCCAACUGUCUCACUUCCCACUGUGAGACAACCCUGUCCUUUUAUCAAUAGCUCUUUCCUCUCCUCUCCCUUUCCAAGGCUCAUUUUAUUAACUUUAAAGAAAAAGUUUAAAGAAAUAGUUGACUGGCUUAAAAAAAGGUUUUAACAGUCUAGGUGGGGGCAAUGCUUUUAUAUGCUCUGUUUCCAGCACAGUUAAAUGAAAUUCAGCAGGAAUUUUAAUUCUGUAAAAACAGCUGGAUUUUAGCAUGAAGAAUAUGUGGUUUCUUUUCCUUUCUAUUCUUUUCUUCCUUUCUACACUUGAUUUCUAAUCUUUGUCCCCAGUUUUGGGAAAGAAAGAGGCAAUAAUAUUCACACUUGCAGAAGGGGGACAGUGAUUGGCUGCAGCUGGAGCAGGAAUACUAAGAAAAGAAACACUGUUUUGUGUAUUUCCAAAACCCAUUCUUUUUCCUUCUCCUCAGCUACCCUCACCCCCUCCAAAAUGUAUCUCAAGACCUGUUCUGCUGCAUCAGGUAACUGCUGGAGUAUUUGUCUGAAUGGAUGAGAAACAAGCAGGAUUUGUGAAAGUUGAGAAUCUAGCUACUUGCCACUGUCGGAAGGGGUUUGUCUCCUUUAGUAGCAGUUAAGAUGGGGGUAAAAUACAUGACUAAUGGAAGAUGCUGGCAAGACACAUUGGCUGGAUAUGAUUCUCCCUGUUCCAGCCCAAACCUCAAUGUUGGUAAUACAUGGAUCUGCAGGUGGACUCUCCAUUGCUGCAUUCCUUAAGAUCUCUAUACACCUGCUCUGGUUUUAUGCUAAGAUAACAAGAGAAGGAUGAAAAACCUACCCUGAUAAUAAAGAUGGUGAGAUUUACAAACAAAUAGACAAAACCCAUUCACUUGUGCCAUGCUGACAAGGGAGUGACCAGUUUUGGUCUGUAGUUGUGAUUGGAAAUGAGAAGCGACAUCUGUUUAGAGUCUUUUCUCUGAAAACACAGAAGCAGUGGGAGUUGGACUCAAAGGAUGUGGGGGGGAAGGCAGCUUGUUUUUUGUCUGAAUUUUUUCUGAUUCUCCCCUUCCCCUUUCCAAUGCAAUGCCUCUUUGUAUUCUGUCUUCACCUACCUGACUCCAAAUACAUUCUUUCUAAACUCA